UCAAUGUACUAACAUAAUCAGUCGUCGGCGACCGGUGGCAGAGACAUGACGCUCAAUAAGAAGGGUCUGAAGAUCGUGAGUGUGGAUGUGAAGGAUGUAAGGUUCCCGACGUCUUUGGGGGGUCAUGGGUCUGACGCUUUGCACACAGAUCCAAACUAUUCCUGCGCUUACGUGACAAUGACCACCGAGAAUGGAAGUCAAGGCUUCGGACUCACGUUCACAUGCGGUCGCGGAACGGAGAUCAUUGUGCUCACAAUCCGCUCUAUGAAGCGAUUCCUACUGGGGAAAAAUGCGGUUGAUAUCUUUGCGGAUUUUGCGGGAUUCUGGCGAACUCUCACUAAUGAUUCACAGAUGAGAUGGAUUGGUCCCGAAAAAGGCGUUGCACAUUUAGCGGCGGCAGCCAUUUUGAAUUCCCUGUGGGAUUUAUGGGCGAGACUGGAAAAGAAGCCUCUGUGGAGGCUCCUGACGGACAUGGAACCCGAGGAUCUCGUAUCGACCAUAGACUUCCGUUACAUUACUGACGUGAUCACUAAGGAAGAAGCCAUACAGCUGCUGAAGUCCAGGAAAGCGGGACAGAAAGAGAGAAUCAAGCAGCUAGAAGAGAACGGAUAUCCUGCCUACACUACCCAAGCAGGUUGGCUAGGCUACAGCGACGCAACUCUCGAGCAGUUGUGCAACAAGUACCUCAAGCAAGGCUUCACCCAUUUCAAGGUGAAGGUGGGGCUGAACUUCGAAGACGAUUGGCGGCGCUGCAGCACCGUGAGAAAACAUAUUGGCAAGGAUAAGGUUUUGAUGGUAGACGCGAACCAGGCAUGGAGCGUGAACGAGGCGAUAGAAUGGAUGAAGAAGCUAGCUCCGCUCAAACCGAUGUGGAUCGAGGAGCCGACGUCACCCGAUGAUGUGCUCGGACACGCGACUAUCUCUGAGGCCUUGAAGCCCUACGGUAUUGGCGUGGCGACAGGCGAGAUGUGCGCCAACCGCGUGAUGUUCAAGCAGUUCUUACAGAGCGGCGGCAUGCAGUUCUGCCAGAUCGACUCGGCUCGCAUCGGAGGAGUCAAUGAGAUCCUUUCCGUGUAUCUUAUGGCGGAGAAAUUAGGCGUUAAAGUAUGCCCUCACGCUGGCGGCGUGGGUCUCUGUGAGAUGGUGCAACACCUCCAAUAUUGGGACUUCGCGAGUCUAUCGACCACUAUGGAGGGCCGCCUCAUAGAAUACGUCGACCAACAGCAUGAACAUUUCGUCGACCCUUGCAUCGUUGAGGACGGGAAAUACCUCGCUCCUAAGCUGCCCGGCUACAGUACUCAGUUUAAAAACGGAACAUUAGAAAAGUUCGCAUACCCCAAUGGUAGCGAAUGGAAGAAAAUGAUCAAAGAAGGAGUGUUCCCUCCUCCUGACGAAGCUGAAUUGGUGAACCCUUAGAAAGAAGAUUUUUUACAUAGAUACAGGGUUGGAAAUCGGGAACACAACCUAUUGUUGGCGCAAGUUUCUUAAAAUGCUCAAAUCAAAAUAAAUACUAACAACCUAGUUGGCGGCGACCAUGCUAAGCCGAUAGUCCUUACCGGGAGGCCUUAUUUAUGAGAUAAGCAGAUAUUUGUUCCUGACUACCCAGCUACCCACAACAAAAGCCUUCUUGAGCUUACUGUGGAAAUAUUGUCUUCGGUUACCGCGUCCUGUAGUAUCUUAUGAUGAUGUAGAUUACUUUAAUGCCGACAAGUACAUUGUUUACCCCUUUUAUGAUCUGAUGGGACUGUUAUACCCACAGAGAACCUCCUAUAGAGUAGCAAUUUUGUAUAUUUUGUUCGCGAUACGAGUCACCACUGUUUGGGGUGCGAGGAGCGGG